CCCCCACCGCUGCCCUCACAGCGCGUGCGCGGCGCGGCGCGGGCGCAGGAAUGCGCGUUCCGGUUAAAUAGUGGGCGCAGGGGCGGCCGCCGCGGGGGGCUGAGCCGGGGGAGCCUCCAUGGCGCGGCGCGGCUCCUGCGGCGGCAUCGGCGCGUUGCUGCUGUGACAGCCGGCACCGGCCAUUGCUCCCGAGCGUCCCGGGGGGAGGCGGCAGCGGUGGUGAGAGCGAAGCCGUGGUGGUGGCCGAAGGCAGCCGGCGUGUCACCGCCUCUAUGAUGAAAUUUAAGCCGAACCAGACGCGGACAUACGACCGGGAGGGCUACAAGAAGCGGGCGGCGUGCCUCUGCUUCCGGAGCGAGCGGGAGGACGAGGUGCUGUUGGUAAGCAGUAGCCGGUACCCAGAUCAGUGGAUUGUGCCAGGUGGAGGAAUGGAACCAGAAGAAGAGCCGGGGGGAGCAGCCGUCAGAGAGGUGUAUGAAGAGGCUGGAGUAAAAGGAAAGCUAGGCAGACUGCUUGGGAUAUUUGAGCAGAACCAGGAUCGGAAGCAUAGGACAUACGUUUAUGUUCUUACUGUGACGGAAAUACUGGAAGACUGGGAAGAUUCAGUUAAUAUAGGAAGGAAAAGAGAAUGGUUUAAAGUAGAAGACGCAAUCAAGGUCCUUCAGUGUCACAAGCCUGUUCAUGCAGAGUACUUGGAAAAACUGAAACUGAGCUGUUCACCCACUAAUGGAAACUCUGUGGUUCCCCCUCUUCCAGAUAAUAACUCCUUGUAUGUCACUUCUGCACAGACUUCUGGGUUGCCCUCUACUGUGAGAUAAACACUUGGAUUACGUUUUUAUUCAUGUCAUCACAAGGGGAGACAUCUGUGAUCACAUGUAGGCAUCUGUAUAACUGUCCAUUCUAAGUGAAAUAUGUGAAUGUGUCAUAAUGUCAAAUUUAUUUGAACAUGUUUUUCAUUUUUAACAAUGUAAAAUAGUAUUUCAGCAAACCAAAGCCAUAUAUGGAUUUUUUUAAGAUGCCUUAAUAGGCCAUUUUUUGAAAAAAAAAAAAAAACUUGAGUAUAUAGAUUUCCAUAUCUGCUAAAAUAAAAUGUGCAUCUCAGUGGUGUUCAGCUUAUUUAAGACUUGUCAGUUCUAGUCAGUAGUUAUGCAAGAGUACUUCCUUAGAAAAAACGCUUGAGCAAACAGUCUUUUUAAUAUUAAACUUUUACUUGGUAUCCACAGAUUAAGUGCUAAGACCUUAAGAUGUCUCUCUUUGGGUAAAUUGGUGUCUUGAAGGCAGAGAUGCGUAAGUGUGACUACAAUAAAGCACUCGGCCACAUUCAGCCCAUCGAGGGCAAAGGAUACUGACAUUAAGCACUGCUUGCCUCAGUUAUCCAAAAGGUUGCCUUCUCCUAUGCAAUCUUCCUGUAAUGUAUAACUAGAGCAAGAAUGGUAACUUCUUCUUGCGACUACCAAAACUAUCCACUAUACUUCAGUUUAAUCUUCUCUCAGAAGACUUAGAUAAAAAGCAUUGUAGAGCAUUCUUCCUCCAUUUCAUCUUUUUUUUUUUUCCUUCUAGUGUUUUGUUCAUGGUGUAAUUACACUGCAGGUUCCAAAACCUUCUAAUCCUCAAUGAGAAGCAUCUCAUGCAGUGUUCCUGCAGUCUGUUGUCACUUAAAAAUAGGUAAAGUAAGACUUGCUGUAGGGGAGCCCCGUUAUGUUAGAGAGGUGUCUGUUAGCAAGUGUGUGCGCAGGUGUCCUGCCCAGCAGGAGCUAAUGGUGGUACCUCGUGGGGUUGGAGGCAGGUGGGUUGCUACUUCAACUAAUAGAGAAAUAAUAGUCCUUUGUCUUAUUAAGGUGUGCUGAAAGCCCCAAUUUGAACUCAGAUUCUUCAAUUUAACUGUUUUGAAGUCACUUGCUUUAGCUCCUUGAAUUAAAAGCUGUCCUCUUGAUAAAACUUGAGCUAUAAUAAAUAAGGCACAGCUAAAAAGUUCCCCGUACUUAAUUAUUUUCUCCUCUCUUUCAGCUAAAAAAGAUGAACAUUAAAUCCACUGUUGGUCUCACUGUUUUUACCAUAGGAUUACUCUCUCUCUGUAUGUGUGUGUAUGGUUUCCUUCUACAAGAAUACAAUCUAAUUCAUAUGAACAUCCUAAUUCUGACUUUUUUUCUAGGAUCUAAACCAAACUGUACCUCCUCUAUAGUCAGCCAAAACAGGUUGAGGUAGACCAUUACCUCACAUGUGAAGUUUAUUUGGGGUAAAGCUCAUUCUCUGACACAACAUUUGAACCUUUGUAAAUAGUCCAACUAGUAAAUAGUGAGUGUAAAAUGGAAAAUAAAUGUAAUUUAAACCUUUUGUUACUCAAUACACAAAUGGUUAACUUCUACUUUUUUAACACAAAUUGUGUAAAAUGCUGCUAUAAAUUAAACUUUUUUGUGCUGUUACACUUUUUUAGGAAAAAAUGUUUUUGCCACAAGUUACUCCUUAGAAAACCAAUCUUGUGCCAUAUGUAAAUUCAGUGAAACUAGGGAGACAGAUGAUCUGAUCUCUUAAUGCAGCUCUUUUUGAAGAAGCAUAAAUACUACUGACAAGAGGCACGAGCCACAAAGCUGAAGACUUCUGAAAUGUUGGGUAGUGUAUGGCUUUUCCAUCCCUGUGUCUUACUCCAGGUCACUUCCAGAACUGGAAAGAACAAGCAGCUCUGUUCAGGUGCACCUACAGGUGGAUUUAUUGCCAGCAGCUUAUCCUUCCUUUCAGUCUUGAGGUGGGGGGCUGAGGAAAGGAGCGUUGGUAUUUCAGUGCAUACGUGUGUAUGUGUACUUUAACUGAACUUACUCCAUACUGGGAUGCUGUUGGCUGAGCUCACUUUAAACUGAAGGGUCCAUCAAAAGCACUAUUUUGCCAAGCAAAACAGAGGAAGGUGGAGCUGAGCAUGUUGAAGAAUGUCUCAUCUUUAAGAUCAUACCCACCGUGUAUAAGGGUACCUCUGGCUCUAAAGCUGCCUUUGAAAGAGCGCAUAAUUUAGCUCCCUUUUUUGAACACUUUGAUGCUCGCUUUUUUUGUUCAGUAGUCAUUUUAACACUUUAAAUUGAGCAAACUUGAAGAGGCUUUCUUGUAACAAGAUUACGUAGAAUCUGUCAAAGCUAAAACAAGAGUCCAGAGUUUGAGGUUUUUAUUCAUAAAAAAAGAUGCUCUGUCUCUGUUUCACAUUCUUGGAACAAAACAAAUCCAAGCUUGUAUGAGAUUUAGUGGUAAUGCAUGAUCUUAUUUUGUAACUCUUGAAUUUAUGUAUUUGAUAAUAAUGUAAAAAUGUACAGUAUUGCUGUUGCUAACAAACUCUGAGUUGAUUUGCCUAUAAAUAUUUUUGUUAUUUUUUUGGUCACACACAUUUGAGCUGUUCAGUAGUGCCAGACAGAUCCUUUUUUUAAGCGGCAUUCAUUGCAUAAAUCUCUGCAGUCUCUAUGCAACCUUCAGAAUGAAGCUGUAUUGCUUAGUUUGACUUCUUCUCCCUUUCCAAGGUAAUUGUUCUGUGAAUGGUAAAGGAGAUUGAAAACACUUCGGCUCCACUACAAGAAACAAUGGUGGUAGACAGGCAGCGGUGUGAGUUCAGUCCUAAUGGAAAUCUGACACUGAACUUCAACAGAAAGGGUCUGUGUAAAACUCAAAAGAAAAACCCUUUAGCCUUCCUAUUCCGCUACCUAUCAAUUUAAACGUAGAAGCAUGUUGUUUUUACAUGCAUCUCUAUUUCGAUGGGCCAAACCUACUUCAUAGAGAGCAGAUCUGUGAUUUUUCUCCUGCUUUAAGUUCUGUACAGUGAAUCCCGAUUGGAUUCUCCAGAGGCGAAAGGGAAUAGACAGGUGGUCAUCUGCAAUUUUCAAAAAGUCUGGUUUGUGCUUCUGCUUUUCCUGGCUUUUUGAGAUCAUUGUGAGUAGGUUAUGGUGGUAUCAAAUAGAAAUAGCCUUACGGUUUGAAACCAUGUGGAGCCAGAAUUAAAUGAAAUAGACAGACACACUUUUAAACACCACAAGGAAGACCGAGGUAUUGCAGAGAGGCUGUUGAAAUGAAAGACCUAUUUUGGUGCUUACUGCACCCCCGACUCAGCCUAGUGCUGGUCUGUUAACAAUGUGCUGUGAAAAAAAAAAAGAGGCAAAUACUUGGUUUGCUUACCAACACGGUUUGUGAAGUGAAAACUGAAGG